UUUGACCAGACAGGAUGGGGCUGCUCAGAUCACUCUGAGAUCUGAGGAGUGACUCGCUCGACCUCUCCGACAAAGGCUGCGAUCAUGACACCCAUGAUGCAUCUGUUGUUGCUCCCACUCCUAUUUAGCAUUGCUGCUUGCAAGGAUCUAGAGGAAAAGAAGGGCCCGUUUGAGAACACAGAGCUUAAUGUGCCAGAGGGGACACCAGUGCCGUACCCCAUGUAUCAGUUUCAUGUGAAGCACCCAGGUGUCAAUAAUUUCAGGCUGAGUGGAGAAGGUAAGGAAGACAUUAAGAUUUCGAAGGACGGUUGGCUGUACCUGGACAAGUCUCUGGACUGGUCUCGAGAAGACCAUUACAUGAUCGGGGUGGAGGCGCUGGCAGAUGAUGAAGUUGUGGAUGGCCCAGUUUAUGUGACAAUAAAUGUGUUGGAUGUCAACAACAACGCUCCUUUUUUCAACCAGAGCGAGUACACAGCUGUGGUCAGAGAAAACAAUCCAGCAGGCGUCCCAUUUGCCCGUGUGUUUGCAUCGGAUCAGGAUGACCCACAGACUCCCAACGCUCAUCUGAGCUACAGCCUGGUGAGCCAGAUCCCCAACAAAAACCACCAACUGCUCUUCCAGAUCGACCCAAACACUGGAGAGGUCUCCACCACAGCAGCAGGGCAAGAAAUGCUUAAAGCCAGAGAGGGCAUCCAGUAUGGCAGAGGAGAAGAUCGGAGCAUCGAAGCUCUGAGGACAAAGUUUGACGACUACUGUCCAGUCCAGAAGAUCCCCUAUGAAGACAACCCCUUCUUUACUUGUGUGGAGAGAGCAGAAAUGAGGCGGAGGAAUGUGAACCCCCUGGAGGACCCAGACUACACCCUGUCUGUUCGCGUCCAGGACCUGGGAGGAGCUUCAGAGACCGCGCUGAGUGGAAACGCCAGAGUGCACAUUGUUGUGCAGCAAAACCUGUGGGUCAACCCUGGACCUAUUACUAUUAAAGAGCACUUAAAGGAAUCUUACCCUCAUGUCAUCGCAAAGGUCCAGUCUAAUGAGCCCAACGCCCACUACAGCUUAGUGCAGAAAGAACGAGAGCUGAAGUUCCCCUUCCAGAUCACAGAAGAUGGACAAAUACUUCUGACAGAGGAGCUGGACAGAGAAGACAGGGACAUGUACAUCCUGGUGGUGCUCGCAGUAGAUGAAAACAACAAAGAGGUGGACCCACCCAUGGAGAUCCAAGUCCUGGUGGAGGAUGUGAACGACAACGCACCAGUGUGUGCAAGUGAGGAGAGUGUGUUUGAGGUGCAGGAGGACGAGCCUGCAGGCAGCCUGAUUGGACAGCUGAUGGCCCAUGAUGACGAUGAAGAAGGGACACUGAACGCUGCGCUGACCUACGCCAUCGAGUCCCUGAAUCCACCGUCCGCUGCCAGCGCCUUCUCCAUCGACGCUGCUUCUGGAAGAAUCCAGGCGUUGCGCUCGCUGCAGAGAAAAGACCAGCAGAUGUAUAACCUCAACAUCAGAGUCAGCGACCCAGCUUUCAGCACAGUGUGUAAGGUCCUCGUCAAGGUCAUUGACAUCAACAACGAGAUGCCUCUGUUCGAGAAGAAAGACUAUGGUAGUCAGACUCUGGCAGAGGACACUCCUGUGGGACACACAGUGCUCACCAUCAGAGCAACAGACGCUGAUGACCCAGACAGCGGCAGCUCUCUUAUCGAGUUCCACAUCACUGGCGGCAAUGAUGAUGGACUUUUUGCUGUGGAUACCGAAGGCAAAGGGGUUGGCCACGUGUUCGUAGCUAAGCCUCUGGACUUUGAGUCCUCUCCCGCCUACAAGCUCCAGAUUGAUGCUCGUAACCCGGAGCCGCUGAUGAAGGGUCUGGAGUACGGCAGCGACUCCACGGUCUUCAUCUCCGUGUCUCUCAGUGACGUGGACGAGGCUCCAGAGUUCAGCCUGGACAUCCUGGAUGUGACCGUGCCUGAAAACACCACCAAGGGAUCAGUGCUGCUUACUGUGGAGGCGAAGGAUCCAGAGGGCAAAGAGAUCAGUUUCAAGUUGGAGGGUGACACUCAGGGCUGGCUGGAGAUCAAUGCCGCCACAGGAGAGAUCAAGACCAAAGACAAGCUGGACAGAGAAGCUCUGGAGGCCUUCGAAGUCACCGUCACUGCAUUUGAGAAGGAGAACCCAGAAAAGUCCUCCGAGCGCGUCGUGUCUGUGAGGCUGCUGGAUGUGAACGACAAUAUCCCCAAACUGACGGAGACCCAGGCCUUCAUCUGUGUUAAGAAAUCUCAACCGGUCAUCAUCAAGGCCCAAGACGCAGACAGCGCCCCCUUCUCCGAGCCUUUCACCUUCGGUUUCGCCCACGGCAAGAAAUCUCAAAACUGGGAACUGAAAAACAUCGACGGUACAUCAGCUACACUGACCCUGAAGAAAAAACCAACUGAAGAUAAAACCUUUGCGAUCCCCAUCAACAUCAAAGACAGUGCAGGGAUGGGAGUCACACAGCUGUUUGAGGUGAGAGUGUGUAACUGCACAGAGUUGGGCUACUGCUUCAUGCCACCAGCUGAACGUAGCUUCAACUGGGGAAUGGGACCCACCAUCGGGAUCCUGGCUGGCACUCUGGGAUUCUGCAUUAUUGUCUUCGCCAUAGUGAUCAAACGUGUAAGUAAGAGUGACAAGAAGAAAAACCAGAAUGGAGAGGAAGACAGGAACUCCAUUAUGUAGAGACUAUACACACACACAUGCAAAUAUUUGUACUUUUAUACUUUAGUGGCACAUCUACAUGCCUAACCUGAACAUAAUUCUAACCUCAAACCAAGCUGUACACCUUAUUCUAUGUUGAUGGUUCCUUUUUUUACAUCUUCCCACAGACAAUAGAUGGAAAUUAUACCUGUAGGUUUUUUUUCUCUUGAUGAAGGAGCAUUUUCCUUUCCAAAUAAACUAAUAAAACAAAAUUAACGAAUAAAUAAAUCCUCAUCAGCACAACCGCAGAACUGAGGACUGGAUUUUCCAACACUGUCCGCUCUCUCAGUACACACACACACACACACACUAGGGGUGGAACGGUUCACAAAAUCCACGGUUCGGUUCAGUUCACGGUUUUAUGGUAACGGUUUUCGGUUCAGUUCGGUAUACGUUGAUUGUUAGGAAAAUCAAUUGUGUCUGGUAUAGUCAUGUUAAAACUGAAAGAAUGAAGCAGUCUAACAUUUGAUACAUCAUUGUGAGAGAAGCGACAUUGCUAGUUCCAACAUGUGCUUCAUUUACUUGGCAAACAGAGAUAUCUUUAACAAAGAAGCAUAGGCUCUAUCAACACUUGACUGAGGUCCUUUUGUUUGAAAUUAACUCAAAAAUAAUGUUGACAUGUAUCAAUUGCCUGAUUAUCAGUACUUCAUGGAAAACUUAGUUUUUUCCUCUUGAACUUAAAAGUGCAGUGCUUGAAAUACAAAUCAAAUAAUUAAGGCUGGAUUUCUUAUCAAACUUAAGUGUCACUGUGCUAUCUAAAAUAACAAAAUAAAUCAUCCAGUAAACAAUCAUCAAUAUAAAAUGUAGCUUAAAUCAAACUAACACAUACUGCACUGCAACUUCCAUUCUGUCAGUGCUUCAGAGAUGCUCGCUAGUAUGGCUCUCAUAAAGGGGGCGUGUCUGUAAAACGGAGCUUUUCAUCUGCCAUUCUGAGGUAAUGUAAUGGGCAGUCACAGUCAGGAAACUUUCAGUAGCCCUAGAGGUCCAUCCAUCAGUAGUUAGCGCUACAGAGGCUGUGUCAGACAACAAUUCCUUGUCGGGUCUCUUCAUAAAGUGCGGUAAUUACCGUGUUGCUGAAGUGUUUGCAGGAGGGGGUUUUAUAUCAUGGCUCCAGUGCUUUAAUAAUAGAACGGAAUAGUGUUGCCGUUAGUGUAAACAACACGUGUUGCACAAUGCUUGCACACUGUCGCACUUUUGUCAACUUUCUUACCGCCGUCAUCGUAGGUCACUCUAAAUGCAAAGUGGUCCCAUACAGCAGACCUAUAGAGUGCUGCUGGCGCAUCUUCUAACUCUGGCUCUUUCCCACUCACCAUACCCACACAUUUCUCCACAACAACUGACCCACUACUUUUUCUAUCUGCUACACCCGGCUACACUGCUUCGCUUGUUGUUGUUUACUACUGGUGGUUGGCUUUAGGCGCAGUAGCGCCACCUUUUGCUCUGGAGUGUACACGCUUCGCCCCUAAUGAGAAAAAUGAGCAGUGCAUGAACCGAACGCAACACACGCAAAUUGAACCGAGACAGUCGAACCGAACAAUUCUGACGGUUUUCAUGAACCGUUCCAUCCCUAACACACACACACACACACACACACACACACACACACACACACACACACACACACACACAUAUUCACAUAAGAUUAUUUUUAUUUUAUUAAGAGAGUUGAUUAUUAAGUGCUGUGCAUACUUAAUUACUGUCAGGUUGCUAAAUGCAUGAUAAUCAGGCAUUUAUACAGCUUGUUAACAUAUUUUAUUUGAGCUUCCCUCCCGGACUCCGGUUGCUUCAUUAGCAGCUAAAUCAUCUCACAUAUUUUAAUUAGUUUCUGGCCCAGAGCUCGUGUUGCUUGAAUGUGAUGACUGACUGAAUACUGUAGGGCUGCAAGUUACGAUGACUGUCAUUGUCGAUUAAAAUGUUCUUGAUUGAUCAAAAGUUUCAGAAAAUGGUAAAAAAAAAAAAAAAGUUGAUAAUUGUUUAUUGAAGCAGAGGAUUUUACUUAUUUUUAAGUUAAAUAGAAACAGUUACUUAACUAAUUAAUCUUUGCAGCUCUUGAAUAUUUUUGUUUAAGCUGGAAAUGUCUUGGACGAAACAUCUUAAACCCAGAGCGUCACUCCCUGUAAUGAUCAUCUACAAAUGUGUUUUGUAAUGAGCUGCUCUGUUUCCCAAUAAACAAAGAAACUGGGAGUCACUUUCA